CCCCGGGCGCGGGAGCCCGCCCGGUGGCUCACGCGGUGUCUUUUCGGUGGUUGCUCCGCUCCGGGUUCCCCCCGAGGCCGACGGCGACGCGGGUGGAUUGAGGGGAGAUGGGGGAGGAGGAGGCGCCGUGGCCAAAAAUCUAGCGCGCGCGUCGGUGCGGUGGCAUUGCGCCUCGGCCCUCCUUUCGUGCGUGCGCGCGUUCGUGCCACGCGUACGCGGGGGACGGGAGCCGAUCGCCGUCGCGCCCCCCCGCCGUCUUCUCUUCGCGCGCCACGCCACGCCAUGGCCGAGAUUUGCUGCGACGAUGCCAAGUCGGCUUCGGCGUCGGCCGUCACGGCGCUCGCCAGGCGCCGGCCCAGGGUGGAGCUGGGCGUGGCCGGGGCGUGCCGCCCCACGCCGGCCGCGGCCGCGGCCGCGGACGAGGGUGGCGGCGGCGGCGGCAAGCGGCGGAGGGUGGCGUGCGCGGCGCCCGGGCGCUCGAGCCGGGGGCCCGGGGCGGCGGGGUUCGGGUCGAUGUGGUGGCCGAGGUACGGCGUCACCUCCGUCUGCGGCCUCCGGCGCGAGAUGGAGGACGCCGUGUCCAUCAGGCCGGACUUCCUGCACGGCGGCGGCGCCUCCUCCACCUCCGGCAAGCACCAUUUCUUCGGCGUCUUUGACGGCCACGGCUGCUGCCAUGUGGCCAGGAUGUGCCAGGACAGGAUGCACGAGCUGGUCGCGGACGAAUACAACAAGGCGGGCUCCGGCGAUGGCGCAACCGCGGCGGCGGCGGCGGCGGCGGCGUGGAAAGAGGUGAUGGAAAAGGGGUUCGCGCGGAUGGACGACGAGGCCGCGAGCUGGGCCGCGACCCGCAGCGGCAAUGACCUCGCCUGCCGCUGCGAGCUGCAGAAGCCGGCGCGGUGCGACCACGCCGGCUCGACCGCCCUCGUCGCCGUCGUCGGCCCCACCAGCGUAGUCGUCGCUAGCGCCGGCGACUCCCGCGCGGUCCUCUCCCGCGGCGGCGUCCCCGUCCCCCUAUCCGUCGACCACAAACCUGACCGGCCCGACGAGCUGGAGCGCAUCCAGGCGGCGGGUGGCCGCGUCAUCUUCUGGGACGGCGCCAGGGUGCUCGGCGUCCUCGCCAUGUCUCGAGCCAUCGGGGACGGCUACCUGAAGCCGUUCGUGACGGCGGAGCCGGAGGUGACGGUGACGGAGCGCACCGACGAAGACGAGUGCCUGAUCCUGGCGAGCGACGGGCUGUGGGACGUGGUGACCAACGAGAUGGCGUGCGAGGUCGUCCGGGCGUGCUUCCGGAGCAACGGCCCGCCGUCGCCUGGCGCGCGGCCGAGCGCCGCCGCGGCGGCAGCGCGGGAGGGCGACGGCCCCGCGGCGGUGAAGGGGGUGGACAGGGCCGACUCCGACCGGGCGUGCUCCGACGCGGCCCUGCUGCUCGCGAAGCUCGCGCUCGCGCGCCGGAGCUCGGACAACGUCAGCGUCGUCGUCGUCGACCUCCGGCGGGGGUCCUGAGGCCCCCUGAUUCUUUGGGGAACAUGAUUGGAUUGGAUGCCCCCGCGGUCCCGCCCUUGUUGUUGCUGUCCCCGCUACCUGCUGCAUGAUGGGUUAAAUAAUAGGUCUAAUUCCCUGAUCUGCGCAGAGUCCUCAUCAUAGAUUACUGUUAGUUCGUCGUAGGGUUAGCGGAUCGCGAGGUCGUCGCAAUCAACUAACUGAAUCAUGUCCGGCAGAUGCAGAGCACCUGAUUGACCGGCUGAAUUAUGUGGGAGCACUUCGGAUAGAAUCCUGUCAGCGUCAUGUGCGCUCUGCCGCGAUCAUGUUACGCGAGAGCCGGCCAGCCGGGCACAGCAUGCGUGGAUGGUGCACACUCGUUCGCAACGCGUUGUUCUUGCUUUGAUUA